AUGGUCUCCUCAGCGCUCUUGACGAGCCUCCUCAUCGCCUCGACGGCGUCCGCUCGCCCCACGAAGCGGGGAACAGGAGAAGUAAAAUGCCCCGUAGUUCUGAGCGGGUUCGUGCCGGUCGACAAGACGCCGACGGAUUUCGACUCGUACGCCACGAGCCCCUUUAACCCUGACUACAUCCGCGGCGACGAAAAAUUCUCGACGAUUCUGCAUUUCCCCGAGGUCGAGGCUUCGCGUUUUGAUAACGCGAGCACCAAGGCCGUGGAGGUCACCAUCAACGACAAGUCCAUCUUCCAGACGCAGAAUGGGUUCCGCCGCGCGGGCCUGCAGAUCCAGGGCGACGAGAACGAGGGAGGCCCCGGUAGUACGGGCGUCAGGACCAUCCACUUCAGUGUGAAGCAGGACGCUGAGCGGACUCUAAACCUCACACAUGAAUAUCUGAACGUCUGGCACGAGGCAGCCGACUACAGCUCCAACCAGUUCAACUUCCAGAGCGGCACCAUCAUCGGCAAGUCUGGCGCCGACAAGAGCUCGUUCAAGGUCCUGGACCGCCAGAACAACCAAAUCUGGUCGACGCCUAUCGAUGCCACUGCCUGGCAGAACUUUGCCAUCACGCUAGACUUUGUAAAGAACACCCUCCAAGUAUACUACUCCAAGGACGACGAACCGCUGAAGGCUGUCACCGAGGCGGUGAGCAAUGACAACAGCGGUGGCGGCCAGUAUCAGAUUGGCAUCCUCAAGAAGCCCACUGGCACUUCGGAUGUCGUGAACUCGGGCUUCCAGGAAACGGGCAUCGACGAGGGGCAAAUCUACGGAGGCAUCUUUAUCGAGGAUGGUGCUGGCGGGUGCAUAUCGCUAUGA